CUCGUGAUGGGUUGGAUAAUCGCUGUUGUCUUAUUCAGCAUUCUGGCAAUAAUUAAGUCAGAGAACCAAACAUGCAAAAUGAUCGGGCAGAAGGGCUUCAAGGAAUUUUCUAAAGAAGGAGAUUUUAUGAUAGGAGGGAUUUUCUCUAUCAGUAGCACACGCAAACUGGUAGAUAAUGACUACCGGGAAUUGCCGUAUACGUACUGCACAGCGUGGAAUGAAAGGGAGCUGAAGUUUGCCAGGACAAUGAUUUUUACUGUGGAGGAGAUCAACAGAGACACUUCGCUCCUUCCAGGAGUGAGUCUGGGCUAUAGGUUGUACAACGGCUGCGGCAGUGAAAACCUGCUCCGCGCAGCGGUAGAAGCUGUGAAUGGGGAGGACACCUGCAAGGGUCAGAUCCAGGCUCUCUUAGGCCAUUCGUCUUCUGGCGUGAGUGAAGACAUAAACAUCAUACUGAGCUCACUAUCAAUUCCACAGGUGAGCCACCUCUCAACCUGCGCUUGCUUAAGUGACAAAAGACUGUACCCCAGCUUCUUCAGGACUGUGCCGAGUGACCGCUUCCAAAUCAUUGCUCUGGUUCAGCUUAUGAAAUACUUUGGUUGGCGCUGGGUAGGGAUCAUUUACACUGAAAGCUCUCUGUACUCAGUGGAAGGUACAACCGAUUUCAUUAAGGAAGCAGAAAAAGAGGGCAUAUGUAUUGAAUACAGGGUGACUUACUCAAAGUCAGCUGAAGAACAGUUACCUGCUAUUGUAGACACGCUAAAUAAAUCCUCGGCGAAGGUGGUCCUGUUGUUCAUGUCCUUGUCUUACUCUAAAUCGUUCCUGUCAAAAAUCGAGAGUUAUAACAUAACCGGAAAGCAGUGGGUUGGCAGCGAGUCCUGGAUCACGCAGGCAGAAUUGGCUUCUGUUGACAGAGAGGACAUUUUACAGGGCGCAAUGGGCUUUGCCCUCCCUCAGACGUACAUACCAGGUCUUCGUGAAUUCUUACUCAGCUUGAAGCCUUCUGAUGAACCGCAGAGUGAAAUACUUAAAGCGUUGUGGGAGGAUUUUUUUCACUGCAGCUUCUCUCCAUCAAAUACCUCUGCUAUAUGUACGGGCACAGAGGAUCUACAGACCAUCUCUAAUGACUACACAGAUGUGGAGUAUUUCAGGGCUGAGAAUAAUGUGUACAAAGCUGUGUACGCUGUAGCACAUGCCCUGCAUGCUUUAUUGCAAUGUCAGAAUGGCUCAAAUCCAAUGACUGGAAAGUCCUGUGUGAACAAGAAUACAGUUCAGCCCAAGCUAGUGCUUGAACACCUUAAGUAUGUGAACUUCACAACACAGGAAGGGGCCAAAGUGUUCUUUGACGAGAACGGGGACAGCGUUGCCCAGUACGACUUAGUUAACUGGCAGAUCAAAGAAGACGGCUCCGCUGAAAUCAUAAGCAUCGGCCAAUACGACAACUCCUUUCCAGAGGGGGAAAAAUUUAAACUUAAAAAAGACACCAGAAUAGUCUGGGGAGGAAACUAUGAAGAGGCGCCGAGGUCUGUCUGCAGGGAGCCGUGUCCACCGGGGACUCGAAAGGCCAUGAACAAGAACAAGCCCGUGUGCUGCUUCGACUGCCUUGAAUGUCCCGAGGGAGCAAUUAGUAAUCAGUCAAAUUCUCCAGACUGUUUCAACUGUCCACCUGAAUUUUGGCCAAAUGAAAAAAAGGACCAGUGUCUUCCGAAACCUACUGAAUACCUUUCCUACAAAGAAAUCAUGGGGGCACUUUUGACUGGGUUUAGCUGCGUAGGUGUAUUUCUAUCUCUCCUGAUAUCAAUAAUAUUUUUGACUCAUAAGGAAACUCCAAUUGUUAGAGCCAACAACUCCGAGCUGAGCUUCUUGUUGCUAUUUUCAUUAAAGUUGUGUUUCCUGUGUUCUCUUACGUUCAUCGGUCGGCCCUCUGAGUGGUCCUGCAUGCUGCGGCACACUGCUUUUGGCAUCACCUUUGUCCUCUGUAUCUCUUGUGUUCUGGGGAAAACAAUAAUGGUUUUGAUGGCCUUCAGGGCUACACUUCCAGGUAGCAAUGUCAUGAAAUGGUUUGGGCCUAGACAGCAGAGACUAUGUGUUCUGGUUCUCACCCUAGUCCAGGUUGUGAUUUGUAUUAUUUGGCUGACAGUAAACCCUCCUUUCCCAUAUACAAACAUGAAGUAUUACAAAGAAAAGAUAAUCUUGGAGUGUGCCCUCGGUUCGGCUGUAGGAUUCUGGGCCGUGCUGGGUUAUAUCGGACUUCUUGCUGUCUUGUGUUUUGCUCUUGCUUUCCUUGCCAGGAAGCUGCCCGACAGUUUCAAUGAAGCCAAACUGAUCACGUUUAGCAUGCUCAUAUUUUGUGCAGUCUGGAUCACGUUCAUCCCAGCUUAUGUCAGCUCACCGGGCAAGUUCACUGUGGCGGUGGAGAUAUUUGCUAUUCUGGCCUCUAGUUUUGGUUUGCUGGUGUGCAUUUUUAUUCCAAAAUGCUACAUUAUUAUCUUCAGGCCAGAACAAAACUCAAAAAAGCAUUUGAUGGGGAGAAUUCCAGCAAAAACUCUUUAAUAUGCCAUUCAAAUGUGUCUUCAGAAACAUGUAGUUAUGUGAGAGCAAAUACAGUGAUUAUACUGGA